CAAGCCCUGUGUUUUAAAUUAAGAGUAGUUUUCCAUUCAGUUUGUUAAGUCAGUUGUAUGCGAAUGGUUGCGUUCAAAGUUCGUAAUAAUAUGGCGCCGAAAAAGAAGGUACUUUCUAUUAAAGAAAAAAUGGAAAUUAUUAAUGUAUUCGAAAAAGAUAAAUUAUCAGUACGUGGAAUUGCAAAAAGGUUCAAUAUUGGCAAAACACAAGCUGCUGAAAUCAAUAAAAAUAAAGAAAAAAUUCGUUCUAAAUGGAAGUCUGGAGUUAAUGUUCAUCAAAAGCGAAGCUUUCUUAAAGAAGGCGGCUCUGAAAUAGACAAGAUGUGUUUUAAUUGGUUCGCUAAGGCUAGAAGUCAAAACAUUCCGAUUUCUGGUCCCAUUUUGAAAGCAAAGGCAGUGGAAAUUGCAGGCAAACUGGGUGUACCUAAUUUUAAUGCUUCAGGCGGAUGGUUAAACAAAUGGCGAAUAAGGAAUAAUGUUGCUUUCAAAUGCGUAUCUGGUGAAGCUGCAGAUGUAAACCAGGAUGGUGUCGAACAGUUUAGGACAAAACUGCCAUCUCUGUUGACCGGUUACAAGCCUCAAGACAUUUACAACGCAGACGAAAGUGGGCUUUUUUUCGUGCCUUGCCUGACAAAACCCUCGCUCUUAAAUCAGAAAAAUGCGUGGGCGGUACACUAUCAAAGGAAAGACUCACAAUUUUGUUCUGUGCUAACAUGGCUGGAGAAAAGGAGCUGCUUUUGGUUAUAGGUAAAGCAGCCCGUCCUCGAUCUUUUAAACAUGUUCCAAUCGCAAAACUGCCAGUGGAUUGGAAGUCUAAUAAAAAAGCAUGGAUGACUCGAGAAGUAAUGAGUGAAUGGCUGCAGCAGUUCAAUCGAAGAAUGAAAGGCCAGAAUCGAAAAAUUAUCUUGUUUUUAGAUAACGCGGCUUCUCACCCAAAGGAAUUAAACUUAACCAAUAUAAAAAUUAUUUUCUUGCCGCCAAAUACAACGGCAGUUAGCCAACCCCUUGAUCA